AUGGCGAAUCCACGAAGUGGAGGUUCUUUCACGCCUUCGACGGUUUCAGGCCAAAGCGGAGUGUUGAUGGUCGGGCCCAAUUUCAAGGUAUGUUAUCCGUUGUAUUUUAUGACUUUGUUUUUAGGUUGGCAAGAAGAUUGGAUGUGGAAAUUUUGGGGAAUUGCGUCUCGGGAAAAAUUUGUAUAAUAAUGAACAUGUAGCUAUCAAGUUGGAGCCUAUGAAAAGCAAAGCACCUCAAUUGCAUCUGGAAUAUCGAUUUUACAAGUUGCUUGGUUUGAACGGUACGUUCCCAGCCGAAAAAUUGAUUUCCUCCUUAUUUGUAAUACAGUCUUACCGUGCUUUUAAUUGGAUUGAUUUAACUAAAAUAUAUAAUGCUUUUCAGAAGGACUUCCACAGAUUUUAUAUUUUGGACCAUGUGGAAAGUACAACGCUUUGGUCAUGGAGCUUCUGGGGCAUUCUUUGGAGGACUUGUUCGACUUGUGCGACCGAAAGUUUACGAUUAAGACCGUUUGUAUGAUAGCUAUGCAGUUGAUCAGACGGAUCGAGUAUGUUCACUCCAAACAUUUGAUUUACCGGGACGUGAAGCCGGAGAACUUCCUCAUCGGCCGAACAUCCACUAGGAAGCAACACAUUUUGCACAUUAUUGAUUUUGGUUUGGCGAAAGAAUACAUAGACUGUGAUACGGGUAAGGUGGCCUACUUUUAUGUUAACUAUAAUAGUUUUGACGAUUGUUAUCUAAAAUAUGGAUCUCCAUUUUUUCACACCAAUUAUUUCCAGGCAAGCACAUAGCGUAUCGUGAACACAAAUCUCUUACGGGUACUGCAAGAUAUAUGUCAAUUAAUACGCAUUUGGGCAAAGAACAAAGCAGAAGAGACGACCUGGAGGCCUUGGGACAUAUGUUCAUGUACUUCUUGAGAGGCUCUUUACCGUGGCAAGGACUGAAGGCGGAUACCUUGAAGGAGCGGUAUCAGAAGAUUGGCGACACGAAGCGGGCCACUUUGAUCGAAGUUUUGUGCGAAGGCUUUCCAGGUAUCGUUUUCUAACUUGAUUGUUUUAAACUUUGAUAUGAAAUUUUAUUGUAUUAUACGAGGUUUUCUCUAUUAUUGUUGUUUCACUUUUUUCUUUUCAGAAGAGUUCUCCUUGUACUUGAGGUACGCGAGAAAACUGGAUUUCUUCGAAACCCCUGACUACGAUUACUGUCACAACUUGUUCAAGACAGUCUUAGAACGACAGGGGCACACUUACGACUACGAGUUCGAUUGGGUUGCCAAGCUAAACCAGGCAGUAAGUGUUUCAAGUUUUAUUUCUUUGUUUAGGAUAGUUUCCUUUUACAUAUUACCCAAAAAGUUUACUUGACUUAUCUACAUUUUAAGAGCACACCAAGCGGAUCUCUUCACACAGGCGUUGAUGCGAGCAAGUACAACAAGAAGGCUGGUGAAGAAAAUAGUCGCAGAGCCAGAGCUGGCAGACACAAUGAAGAAGAGGUUCUGAAGGCCAACCAGACAGGACCAUCGGGCACACACCAAGGUGGAUUUGGAUCAACACAGGUAUGUUUUUACCUUCAAUACACAAGGAAUCUUUACUUUACCUAAAAAAUAAUAAUUUUUGAGUGAUAAUAUUAUCCUCAAAUUUAGGUAAUCAACUCGAACACUGGAGAGAUCGGAGAAGACUCACGGAGGUUGCCGACGCAGAAUCAAGACGAGGAAGACCACAGUGAAGUCAAGUAAGUUGUUUUCCCCCCUUUUGGCUUUUAUUUCGCCUGCUGUUCAUUUUAAUUAAUUAUGCAGUUCUGGGUGUUGCAGAUGUUGCUGUUUCCGACGCCGUCGACGAAAAGUGCCGCAACAGAAAUAG